GGGCGGCGCUGGGUGCAGCAUGGCCGGGGAGCCGCGCAGGCCGCCGGUGAAGGUGCUGGCCGCCCAGCUGCGGCAGUGCCGGCGGGCCGCGGGCGGGCCCUGGCUGCUGGGCCGGGAGGAGGCCGGGCGGGGCCCGCUGGCCGUGCCGGUGGUGUGGAUGCAGGGCACGGUGCUGGCGGUGGAGGCCGGGGGCGCCCGGGGCGGCUCGGCCCGGCUGCAGGACGAGAGCGGCCCCUUCACGGUGGUGGGGGUGGAGCGGGUCCCCAAAGGGCGGCCAUGCCUCAGCGCAGGAAAGUAUGUAAUGGUGAUGGGCUUGGUACACUCCUGCAGUCCAGAGCCUAUUCUUCAAGCUGUGAAGAUGACAGAUCUUUCUGAUAAUCCUAUACACAGGAGGAUGUGGAGCUUUGAGGUGGAGGAUUUGCACAGAAACAUUUCUUAGAUGCUGUGUAUUUUUGUCAGCAGCCUAAAGGACCUGGAAACAUAAAUGUUUGCUUUUAUACCACAUGGACCUCAGCUCAAAGCAUUAGACUGGCAGGAGUAGUUAUAGCCUCAUCUGGAGAAUACUUUGAUAGUUAGUGGAUUAAGAUAUUUGACUAACAGUUUUAAGAGUUAUGGACAGGAGACCAAAUUUACCAUUGGAGAAAAUGGGUACAGCUCUAUUGACUUCAGUGAAUUUGACUGAGAUUCAAGAUUUAGAGAUCUUUAUGCUCAUGAUAAUCAUAGAGAGAUGGUUCAUUCCCUGCUCCAAUAAUGUUUUAUGGCAACAGACUAAACUGCAUUAACUUUCCAAAUAAUAGUGGGUAUUUGAAUACUAGCUCCAUUAUUAUAGCUGUUAGAAUGUAGGGUUAGGCAGUCAUAGUACUAUAUUCUGUCCUCCAUUUUGCAUAAUACUCUUGCUCCCAAUGUGAAUUCUAUACCUGGAAUGAGGGCAGAAUAUGGUACAUACUGUUUAGAUUGUGUUUAUGGUAAGGAAAUUAUACCUUGGCUCCAUGCUUUUUCUUUCAAUAACAUCCAUAUCCAGUUUGCUUUGUUUACAAGACAUAUGUCCUUUCUAACCGUAAGCAUAGUUUGGUGCCUAAAACUCUGCGGGUACAGCAUUCAUCUCUACAAUAUUAAGAGUAGCCUGGUAACAAAACCUAUACUUCCAGUAAACUAGACUGAGAUUUGACAUAGACUCACAGGGAGUAGAUUUAUCCAGGUCCAAAAAGUUAAGUACUCUCACCACAUCACACAGCAAAAUUACCUCAGCCUAAUUAUGCAUCUUUAUAUUAAGUUCUCUCUCCCUGGAAAGACAGAGUGUUCCAAUAUACACUCUGUGUUUAAAGUUACUGUUAAAUGUAUAUAAUUUUUACCUUUGUUACUUCCUCUUCCUGUAAAGGACAAGUGUAUGAUACUGCUCUUUUGCCCGAAAAAUGUUGUAUUUGGUCAAGUUUCAGUGAUAAUUCUUGCGUCCUAAAUAAAUACUAUAUUAUCCAUAAACUGUAGCUCUGUAGGUUGCGGGGAAAGAGACAAGUUCAACAGUAUCAAAUAACAAUGUUAACUAAUUUUGAGCAUAUGAAAACAAGCUUUUUGCCUUACUAUAAACCACAAACUGAAUUUAAGAUCAGGUAUUUCACUUUGAGCAAUGCUUUUUCUCACAAUUCUAUCUUGAAAUAAAUAUUGUCUCCAGAUUUA